CUGCCCGGAGGGACCCUCGAGGUGCUCUCGGAGGCACCCACGGAGCGCGCCCCGAAUCCGUGGCCGAACGCGGGGUGCCCGCUGGAGCGUGGAUCUCGGGGCUGUGGACGGAAACGCGGGGUGAUGGCCCAAAGCCCUGACUUCUGGAACCGUACCUUCAACGGCACCUGGGAUGGGGAUGAACUGGGCUACAGGUGCCACUUCAACGAGGACUUCAAAUACGUGCUUCUGCCCAUGAGCUACGGCCUGGUGUGCGUCCUGGGGCUGGGGCUGAACGCCGUGGCACUCUACAUCUUCCUGUGCCGCCUUAAGACCUGGAACGCCUCCACCACCUACAUGUUCCACCUGGCCGUGUCCGACUCGCUCUACGCCGCCUCGCUGCCGCUGCUGGUCUACUACUACGCGCAGGGCGACAACUGGCCCUUCGGGGUGGUGCUCUGCAAGCUGGUGCGUUUCCUCUUCUACACCAACCUGUACUGCAGCAUCCUCUUCCUCACCUGCAUCAGCCUGCACCGGUGCCUGGGCAUCCUCAGCCCGCUGCGCUCGCUGCGCUGGGGCCGUGCCCACUAUGCGCGCUGGGUGGCAGCCGGCGUGUGGGGCCUGGUGCUGGCCUGCCAGGCGCCGGUGCUGUACUUCGUCACCACCAGGGGCCGUGGCAACCGCACCACCUGCCACGACACCUCGGCGCCCGAGCUCUUCGGGGACUUCGUGGCCUACAGCUCCGUCAUGCUGGGGCUGCUCUUCGCCGCGCCCUUCGCCAUCAUCCUGGUGUGCUACGUGCUCAUGGCCCGGCGGCUGCUGAAGCCGGCCUACGGGACCACCGGGGGCCUGCCCCGCGCCAAGAGGAAGUCGGUGCGCACCAUCAUCAUGGUCCUCAUCGUCUUCACCCUCUGCUUCCUGCCCUUUCACAUCACGCGCACCCUCUACUACUCCUUCCGCACCCUCGACCUCAGCUGCGCCACCCUCGAUGCCAUCAACAUGGCUUACAAGAUCACCCGGCCGCUGGCCAGCGCCAACAGCUGCCUGGAUCCCGUGCUCUACUUUCUGGCCGGGCAGAAGCUCGUGCGCUUUGCCAGGGACACCAAGCCGCCCACAGACCCGGCCCUGGAGAACCAGACCUUUAACCGGCUCAACAUGCACAAGUCUAGGAAAGCCAAGAGCCGGAGGACCGUGGAGGCCGUGGUCAACAGCGAUGAGUCCAAGCAGACAGAGCCCACGCCAGCCGGGCUCGAGAACACCAAGGACAUCCGACUGUAG